AUGGAUUCGACACGGAUCGGGCUGCGACGGGACAGACAAAGGUCUUUUCGAGGAUGCAACGUAACAUUCGCCCUGGACCCGUGCCACCGCCCAGAGGUCGAGUUGCUGCCUGGGCAGAAGCUGCGAGCCAAGCUCGCCACCACCACCAGCGAGUACCAGACCAUGUGCUUCCGACACCCAGACUCCGCCUACGGCCCCGGCGCCCGCGGGGUGCAGGCCCUCAAGGAGCAGGCCGCGGCCACCAGGAUCCAGGCAGUGCACCGGGGCAAGAAGUCGCGGGAGCAGGUCCAGCAACUCCGCGAUCUCAAGGAGGCACAGGAGCAGGAGCAGGCCGCGGCGAAGAUCCAGAGCAGGAUGCGAGGUCGGAAAUCGCGCAGGGAAGUCGCGGCGAUGAAGGCGUCCAAGGAGCAGGAGGAAAGCGCGGCCGCCACGAAGCUCCAGGCCGCGCAGCGCGGCAGCCCAAACUUCCCUCGAGCAGCGGGUUCCGCCGUGGUCUUUGCCGCGAUGAAGCGGCCCGCUGGCGCGAUGAAGCGGCCCGCUGGGGCCACCAUCCCAACCAAGAAAACGAUGUUGAAACGCUCAGACAAAGCACUCCGCCCUUUCCCAGUGCCUAAGCGCGGCAAGGGCAUCAUGGGCCGUGACCAGAGUGCCAUGAAGCAGAAGAAGAAGAACAGCAUGAAGGCCUCCGUGAUAUAUACCCGCAGCGGCACGCUGCCCACGCAGACCCGAAAAGAACGUGAGCAAUGGCGCCGCUCCCUCGCCAGCUUCGAGUGGAAGUCUGAGGAGGACAUGGUGUCGAUGCUGAUCGAGGACAACAUCUUGAUCGAUUGGUCGGGCCGCAUCUGUCCGCACUGCGGGCAGGGCAAGCUCGGCAAUCGGCGUGUCCAGGCGGACGGGGCGGUGAAGUGUCGAUGCAACAGCGGUCGGCGGCGCGGGAAGCAGGCGGGCGCGUGCUACGGGCACCCCGUGUUCAGCGACGGCAAUGGACAAAGCAAGAUGUCGCUGAUGAACAAGGUCAAGAUGUUGUUCUGCCUGUUGAUCGGGAUGACCACCGCGCAGACCCACCUCCUGCUCAACGUCAAUCACAAGGCUAUCGAACGCACGUCCAGGUACCUGGAUGCAGCCCGCCAGCGGUUCGUCGAGAAGAAGAAGAAGGAGAUCGUGUUCGGGGGCGACAAGGAGUGGGUGGACGUGGAAGCGGACGAGACGGUUUUCCGCGCGGCGCUAUCAACUGACAAGAAAACGAAGGAAUGGGAGCAGUGGGCUGGCUGCGUUGAGCGCGGGCGCCCACAGAGCUUGGUACUGCGGCGCACCAACAACGACGCGACCGUCCCGAAGGCGCCAGGCCCUGGGGCAACCACCAAGUCAGACUGGAAGCCGUUCUUGCUCAGCCGCCUGCAGCACCAGAAGGUCAUCCCCCACUCCGACGGCGCCAGGAGCUACAAGAUUCGGGCGGAUGGGGUCCUACAUGACUGGGUCGUGCGCGCGCGAAAGCGCAAGAAAAUCUACGGCAAGUGGGCGUGGCUCAAGCCCGCGUUCACCAAAAUGGUGCGUCGCAAACUGCCUGAGGGCGCCCCCAUCCUUGUGAAGGGCGGCACGCAGAUCGUGGACAGGGCCCGGCAGUUCCUGAAGGAGCACACCGGCAGCCGCACUUUGAAGCCCAAGAGCAGGGCACUGGCCGGCAGGAUUCGCUCGGGACAGUGGGAGUACUGGAACAGGGGCAACGACCUCUGGGUGGCCACGGGUGACAUGAUCUACGAGGAGAUGAGCGGCGUGUACUGA